GAGGCAGGAAAGCUUCCCCUGUGCCUCUCCCAUUGCACUCACAUCUCUGCAGGCAGGGAAGGGGCAGGAUGUAAACAAGAACAUGUGAGCUGUGCCCAACGCUGGCAUGAACCCUCCUAAUGCCCAGCAUGGAUUCCUGCAACUACAGGGUUACCCUGUUCUAUAAGCUGAUAGCUAUCAUUGGAGGAUCAGCGCUGGCUUUUGGGCAGAUACCAAAAUGUACGACCACCAAUAGAAUAGCCUAUUUUUUCUACUGUAACCUGACUCACAUGCCCCCAGUGAACAGUGACACCUUAGUAUUGGAUUUAAGCUUUAAUUACCUCUCAGAAGUAAACAGCACCUUCUUCCCCAGGCUCCUCCAACUGGUUGACUUAAACCUGGGCAGUCAGCAAACAGAGAGACUUAUUGUAAAGAAAGACAGUUUUAGGAAUACACCCAGCCUUGUUAAGUUAGACUUGGCAUACAACCAGCUACUCAUACUGGACUCUGACGGCUUGGCUGGGCUGUCACAAUUGAAGAUACUUUUCUUGUACUACAAUAAAUUAAAUGGAUCCAUUUUGGAAAAUGACUAUUUUAAAGACUUGAUGUCACUGGAGUACGUUGACCUCUCGAGCAAUGAAAUAACAUAUCUCCGACCGAACCCCUUGUUUUACCAUCUCUAUAGCCUUGAUAUAAUCAACCUGAGGCACAACCAGAUAUCCAGCAUUUGUGCCGGGGAUCUACACAGCUUCGAGAGGAAAUACUUCACCAUUAUGGAACUCAGCCAUAAUCGUUUCAAUAAAUGGGAGACGCUGGGCUCAGAUCGUUGCGGAAAUCCUUUCCGGAAUAUUGAGUUUGAUACCCUGAUGCUUUCCGGCACUGGAUUCGAUGUCGAUAAGAUGCAGAAGUUCUGCGGUGCUUUAAAUGGAACUAAAAUGAUGCAGCUAAAGCUCGACUCUCAUGGCAUGGGGGCUGGAUUUGGUUAUAACCAUAUCAAAGAUCCAGAUAACAGUACCUUUGUCGGCUUGGUCAACAGCAACCUGCAGAUCCUGGAUUUAUCAACGGGAAAUAUAUUUUCAUUGAAGCCGUACACCUUUGGAAAUCUCACCGUUCUCAAACUACUGAACCUGGCAGAAAAUAAAAUUAACCGUAUAGAAAAUAAGGCUUUCUGUGGGCUUAACAGCCUCAUAACUCUGAAUCUGUCCUAUAAUUUGCUGGGGGAACUGUACGACUACUCAUUCGAGGGUCUCCCAGACCUCACAACCAUUGAUCUGCAGCAAAACCACAUUGGAGCAAUACAGAAUAAUGCCUUUAAAAGCCUCGAGAAACUGAAUUAUUUAGAUCUCAGGGGCAAUGCCAUGAAAAAAGUAACAUUUUUCGAAGCCCUGAUCCCAAUAACAUACAUUUUUUUUGGAGGAAAUAAAUUGAAAAGCAUUGACAGCUCUUAUGUAUAUUCCACGUUCCUCGACCUCUCAGAGAACGAUCUGAACGACCUCGGCGGGCUCUUUAAGAUUCUCCAGUAUCCGCUGCUUCAGUACGUGAUUCUGAAGAGGAACCGUUUGUCCGUUUGUUACUCCCAUUUCAGUAUUUCUAAAAACAACUCGUUGCUACAUCUGGACCUUUCGGACAACAUGAUCAAUUUAAUCUGGGACAAUGGCCAGUGCUUGAACGUCUUCUCCAACCUUUCUCUUCUUGGUUUGUUAAAGCUGAAUAACAAUUUCCUUCGUUACCUCCCAGAAGGCAUAUUUAACGGACUGGAGUCUUUACAGACUCUCAAUUUAUCUUCUAAUUUGCUGACGCACCUAAUGCCGGGCGUGUUUCCCACAAACCUGGACACUGUCGACCUAUCAAAGAACCAGUUGUAUUCGCCCAGUCCCAAGGUGUUCCUGUCAGUGAAGAAACUUGACUUAACGCACAAUCAAUAUAUCUGUGACUGCUUCCUUCUUGAUUUCAUCAUGUGGUUAAAUGAGACAAACGCCACUUUGCUGGGAUCCCCCUAUGACACCUACUGCAUGUAUCCGCCCAACUUUCUCUUCCAGCCGCUCCAUAUACUCACAGUAGAGAACUGCGAUGAUGAUAAAGUGCUGAUGCCACUCAUGUUCUCUCUGUUUGUCCUUACCUCUACCACCAUUUUAGUUUUAAUGUCAACCGUGGUCACUUAUACCCAUUACCGAGGAUUCUGCUUUGCCACGUACAAAAGAAUCCUAGGGCUUAUUAUCGGUAACGAGAAGAAGGAGGAAGCUGCCGACGCGUGUAAAUACGAUGCUUAUUUGUGUUAUAGCAGCAAAGAUUUCCAGUGGGUUCAAGAUGCCUUCCUUCGGAAUCUGGAUACUCAGUACUGCGACCGGAACCGCUUCCGUUUGUGCUUUGAGGAGAGGGAUUUCAUUCCCGGGGAGGAUCACAUAGUCAAUAUACGGGAUGCCAUUUGGAACAGUAAGAAAACCAUUUGCAUUGUUACAAAGCAGUUUCUGAAGGACGGAUGGUGCGUAGAAGCCUUGAACUAUGCGCAGAGUAGGUACUUUACUGAGCUGAAGGACGUUCUCAUCAUGGUGGUGGUGGGAUCCCUCUCCCAGUACCAGUUCAUGAAAUAUCAACCAAUCCGGGCUUAUGUUAAAAGGGCUCAGUACCUAAGAUGGCCCGAAGACAUUCAGGACGUUGAAUGGUUUCUCGGCAGACUUUCUUACCAAAUAUUAAAAGAGAAUACAGUAGAGAAAAAACCAAACCAAGCCUCAAGGAAACCGUUCAACCAUGAACUGCAAAACAUAGAGACUAUUUCAUGAGGCGGAAGAAAGAAUAAUUGUGAGAAUGUGUAUUUUAAAUAUUUAUAAAAAAUCUGCACAGUGAUACCUCUGUAUAUACAUUUCCAGCAGUAUAACAGUAUCUAUGGUAUCUCUCUGUACAGGCUACGAGGGGCUGUUCCUGCUGAAUUGUGCUUAGUACAGGGGAAUCCCUA